AGGAUUAUUUAGGAAAUAAGAGGCUGCAACUGUCUGGUGAACUAGUAUCCCUGCUCUUCGAGGAUCUGUUCAAAAGAAUGAAUUUGUUGGCUAUGGAUAUUAUGGGCAAAACUAUGAGCAACAAUACAAGUGAAGAUCGUGACGGAGUCCUGAAUUUUAAGCAGAUAAUAGAGAGGGUUUCUACCAUAACCUCUGGUAUGGAGUUGGCCAUUAACACAGGACAAUUUGGUAUGAGUAGAAAAGGUGUAUCACAGGUAUCUGAGUUCCGAGCCCCCUUCUCUAAUCUAUAGAUAUUUUGGGAUUUAAGUUUUUCUUUUGCUUCUAUAUAUAUAGACGCUUUCUAGGCUAUCCUAUAUGGCAUCUUUAGGCUACAUGACACGCAUAUCACAAGAAUUAGAGAAGACCCGGAAAACAAAUGGGCCCCGUGCAAUGCACCCUAGUCAGUGGGGUAUGCUUUGCCCAUGCGAUACUCCCGAAGGAGAACUUUGUGGAUUGACAAAAAACUUAGCUUUGUUAACUCACAUUACAACAGAUCAAGAGGAUGAUGGCCCACUGACGAAGCUGGUUUGUUUUCUCCUAAUUCAGUUAUUUUUAUUUUUGUUGUCUUUAAUGCUUUGUGCCGGACUGCCUGUGUGGGCAUGUUCUUGUGUGUAUUGAGGUAUUGAUGAGCUCAUAUCCAACCAUUGCUUGAUUCGUGUUGUUUUGGGAAUACGACUGCACCCACUAUGAUUGGGCACCUUUACACACAGAGUGUGCUCAGUGGGAAAUCAUGUGGGUUGUACGUGAAGUUGUAGAUUUAUUACUAGCCACCAUAGUUUUUUGUGUGCAUGUGCCUAUGUCUGCAUGUUUUCUGCAUGAUUGCAUGCAUACUGUUUAUAAUAAUUACUCGAAAUAAUCUGAGCUGCAACAACACAAUUUACUGGUAGUUCCUAUAAUUAAAUAGAUUGUACAUACUUUGAAAAAAACUAGAUUUUACAUACUAGCAGAGGCAGAGCACAACUCAGCAGUCACAUGUGGUCAUUAAUCACCUAAAUAGGCAGUAUGCACCCUAUAUGCAAUUUGAUUGUGGUCUAACCUGCUGCAUUUUUUUAGUUCUUUACAUCCAUUGUAUAAAGAAGUGCGACAAGUUAUGAGCAAUCUUAUAUAUUCCACUUUUGUUCAUUAUGUACCAGUGUUAUACUUUAGGUGUGGAAGAUUUAUCAAUUUUAUCCGCAGAAGAAGUUCACGCAUCAGACUCAUUUCUGAUCAUGUUCAAUGGAUCAAUACUGGGGAAACAUAGGCAACCUCAGAGAUUUGCUGAUAAUAUGAGAAAACUGCGUCGGUUAAGCUCAUCUUGGGACUUUGUAAGCAUUUUUGUAAAUCAGAAGCAGCGUUGCAUUCACAUUGCCUCUGAUGGCGGUCGCGUUUGUCGUCCACUUUUAAUCGCUGAUUUGGGAAUAUCAAGGGUCCAAGACCAUCAUAUGCAGGAACUGAGGGCUGGUCACCUCUCAUUUGACGAUUUUCUGCGUUUUGGGUUGAUUGAAUAUCUUGAUGUCAAUGAAGAGAACAAUGCAUUGAUUGCAUCGUAUGAGCAUGAGGAUCAAGAUGAUGUUCAGAGAAGCAGAAUCACACACAUUGAAAUAGAGCCCUUGACUAUAUUAGGGGUUGUGGCUGGGAUUAUUCCUUAUCCACACCAUAACCAAUCUACACGUAACACUUACCAGUGCGCAAUGGGUAAGCAAGCAAUGGGAAAUAUUGCGUAUAAUCAGUUGUCCCGGGCAGAUUCUCUACAAUAUUUAUUAGUGUACGCGCAACGUCCCCUGGUUACAACAAAAACAAUCGAGUUGGUGGGAUAUGAUAAGCUUGGGGCUGGGCAGAAUGCAACUGUUGCUGUCAUGAGUGAUAGUGGAUAUGAUAUUAAAGAUGCAAUUGUAUUCAAUAAAUCAUCCCUUGAUCGAGGUUUUGGUCGUUGCAUAAGAAUGAAAAGGUACACGGUGGCAAUGCAGAAGUAUGGGAAUAAUAGGUCAGAAAAGAAUGUUAAACCAGAGAGAGAUAAAGAUGAUAUUUUGAAGAAGCAGAAUAUGCAGGUUUUGGAUAAAGAUGGGUAUGCCGAGCCAGGUCUAAUAAUCCGCGAUGGUGAUAUCUAUGUGAACAAGAAAACUCCCAAGAAUACUGCAAAAAGUCCUGGUGUUACAUCAACCGACAGGGACUAUGAAGACUCCCCAGCUAUUUACAAAGGUGAUGAUGAUGAGACAACUGUAGUUGAUCGUGUAAUACUUUCCUCAGAUAGUAAUGACAACUUGACCAUCAAGUGUAUUAUCCGUCACACUAGGAGGCCAGAGGUCGGUGACAAAUUUAGUAGCAGACAUGGACAGAAAGGUGUUUGUGGUACCAUUCUUCAGCAGGAAGACUUCUCCUUCUCUGAGAGAGGAAUAUGCCCUGAUUUAGUUAUGAAUCCCCAUGGAUUUCCAAGUGGUAUGACGGUAGGACAAAUGCUUGAACUUCUUGGCGGAAAGGCUGGUGCAUCAUGUGAGCAAUUUUAUUAUGGCAGUGCAUUUGGUGAACCAAGUGGUAAUGCUAAUAAAGUUGAAUACAUGAGCUAUACUCUUGUCAAGCACGGCUUCAACUAUCAUGGAAAAGAUUUAUUGUACUCAGGCACUUUAGGCCACCCUCUUCAGGCAUAUAUCUUCAUGGGGCCAAUCUACUACCAGAAAUUGAAGCACAUGGUUCUUGAUAAGAUGCAUGCUCGAGCUUCUGGACCACGAGUUGCAUUGACCAGGCAACCUACUGGAGGGCGAAACAGCAAUGGAGGCCUGCGUCUUGGUGAGAUGGAGCGUGAUUGUUUAAUUGCGCAUGGUGCCAGUAUGGUGAUACUUGAACGUCUAUUACUGUCGAGUGAUCCAUAUCAAGCGCAGGUUUGCAGAAAAUGUGGUUUGUUAGGCUACUACAACCACAGACUCAAGACCUCCUUCUGUUCAUUUUGCAAAAGUGGAGAAAAUAUGCAGCAACUGAUGAUGCCCUAUGCUUGCAAGCUAUUGUUUCAGGAACUGACAGCGAUGAACGUCGUUCCAAGGUUAAAGCUAACCGAAGGAUAACUUGUAACGUGGUGCACCGAUGAUCUGGGAAGGAUAAUAGGAGCGUCUGAGGUGAAGUGAAGCCAUUCUGUUCUUGAAGCCUGAUGUGUUACGCUGGGUUGUUGUAAAAAAGAAUUUGCAUAUAUGUGAUGGGGUGUUCUUGUGUGAUAUAAAGAGGAAGUGAAAUAUGUUGUUGGUUCCAAGAAAAGGAGAAGGGAGUGAUUCCCCUGGUGCCUCGUUUUUUGCAACGGGACUGUUUUAUUUUGGGCGCAAAUACAGACAGAGCGACCGUGCUCGUUAUAAUCUUCCCUGAGCGUGCUAGAAAUUUUGGCCGUGACUUAGGCCGAGUGCGCAAAGCGAGCAAGCAGAGCUAGGUCUAGCGCUAGCGGGAGGAAACCCAGAAAAAACUGGGCCUGUCCUACUGAAAUGUAAAACAUACUACUACUAGCAUAUCAAGGUAACCACAUAAAUGUACUUUACUGU